GGCCGGGUUCCACCACCAGGCUGCACAGGAAACUGCUGCGCCUCCUGCUCCCCUCUCCGCCGGGCCCCGCCGCGGGCUUCGCCUCCAGCCGCCGCCGGGGCUGCGCUGCGGACCAGCCGCUUUCGCUUUCGCCUUCCAGUCUCCUCCGCUGCUGGAGCCCCGGGACCCCCCGUGCGCGGUCAGCUCGGGGAACCCCUUCAAGAACACUGGAUCUUUGUAAGUAGGAUCAGCAUUUUGACUGGAACUUGAAUGCCUCAAAGAUUGAAGUGCAGCAGGAACUUGGAUGACUUGAAAGGUUGCUCAGUAAAUCAUCAAUUCAAGCAGGGCCCACCCCCAACAGAACUUCGCUAUUUAAAAACAUCUGAUUAAGAUCAACAACCAACCACAUGUUCUGUUGCAAAUGGACUUCAUGACAUGUUGGCUUCCUGCUUAAAACACAAAAAGAGGGCAGAUAAACUUAAAGGACAGCAGCUUGUGAUGACAAAGUGCCAAGUGCCAGCUGCCCUCAUUCACCAGAUUGAGCAGGAAUUGGACGAAGAUGAAAAGGAGAUGAUGUUUUUCCUAUGCCGGGAUCUCGUUCCUGAUUUAUCUAAUACAGACAUCAGGGAGCUCCUGGGGGCGCUGAAUGAGAAGGGAAAGCUGCUGUUGGGCUUGUCUGAGCUGUUAUACAGAGUGAGGAGGUUUGACUUGCUGAGGAGGGCACUGCGGACAGAGAGAACAGCAGUGGAGACUGAUCUGGCGAGAUAUCCUAGAAUGGUCUCUGAUUACAGGGUGCUGAUGGUAGAGAUCAAUGAAGAGCUGGAUAAAAAAGAAGUGGGUUCUCUCACUUUCCUGCUCAAGGAUUAUGUGCCACGUAUGAAAAUGGCAAAAGAUAAGAGUUUCCUGGCUGUUGUCAGUGAUCUAGAGAAACUAAAUCUGGUGGCUCCUAAUCAGUUGGAUUUGAUAGAAGACUGUUUGCAGAACAUUCAUAGGAUAGACCUGAAAAAAAAGAUCCAGCGAUACAAAUGUGCAGCUCUGUCCAACAGUGGUUCUCAGCCAAUGUAUAUAAAUGCACUUCAGGCAUCUCUCCCUAACCUGACUCUCAUUGACCCUCCCUACAGUUCAGGGAUCCAGAAUGUGAACAAAGAAAGAUCAUUAAGUGGACAACAUGCCAUUCAGACAGAGCCAGUUCACACAUCAGUACAGGAAUCGGGAGCCACCUCAUCUCAGGGGAAUAAAAAGGUGUAUGACGAUCGGUACAGAAUGCAGAGUUGGCCUUUAGGAAUAUGCCUGAUUAUAGAUUGCAUUGGCAAUGACACAGAUAUACUGGAGGACACCUUUAAAGCUCUAGGCUUUGAAGUUCACUGUUACCAGUAUUUAAGUGUGGAAGCCAUGAACCAAACAUUCCAUGAAGUUGCAAGGCUGCAAAAGCACAGAGACUAUGACAGCUUUAUUUGCAUAUUGGUCAGCCGGGGAAGCCCUCAGAGCAUCUUCUGCACAGACCAGACCUUUCCUGGGUACCCCCUGGAUCGGGUGAAGAAGUUUUUUACUGGAGACUCAUGCCCUGAACUCCUAGGGAAACCAAAACUCUUCUUUAUUCAAAGCUACAUUGUGCCAGCAGAUCAGCAAGAACCCACCAGUCUGCUGGAGGUGGAUGGAAAUGAACAGAAAAUCACUGCCAAUACCACAAGAGCUAGGAACUGUAGUAUUCCCCCAGUAGCAGACAUCUUUUGGAGUCAAUGCAAGGUGGAUGUGUCUGUGCUAGAAAGGUCACCCAGCUCAUCCUCCCAUUAUCUACGCUGUCUGGCUGAGCUCCUGUGCAAUCCUCAUAAAAGAAAGCUCCCCCUACUGGAUAUCCAUAUUGAGCUGAACAGCAGAGUGUAUGAUUGCAACAGGACCUCAGAUCCACAGCAACAAUACUCACUCCUACUACAACACACCUUGAGGAAAAAACUCUUUCUUUUUCCCAGUUAAAAGCUAAUGGAAAUUGCAUGGGACACAAUGUUAAGAUGGGGAUAUCCAUGUGGGCUUUAUCUUCAGUUGUCAUUGUUCCAUGCAUUUUUGAAGUACCUGUUGCUGGAGUAUCUGAGUAUUUUAGAAACAUUUUGGAUGUUGAGGCAUCACAUGUUUCCAAUUUUAAACUUUAGGCAGAAGCUAGGAUAAGAAAGGCAGGUAAUCCAUAGCUCUGUAGCAGAUCUUAUAAGCCAACCAAGCAGAAGGACAAUGUUGAAAGGGUUCUAAACUACAGAUUUCUUGUAUUUAGUUAUGUUUUGAUUUUUGAAACAUACCCAUUAGCAGUGCCCAUUCCGUGCUCCAGUAUUUAAACCAACACAAGAAUCAGCUAAAUUGAUAAGACUGCCACCCCAUGUGUAAUUAUCAUUCAUUCCCAGCCCAUAAUUAGGCAGGAGCUGUUGGAGAGAAUGCCCUCCUGGCAGCUCCAUCUCUUUUGUAGCAAAGAAGUUCUGGCUGGCACGCUUCUCCUGAUUGUAGCAGCACAGAAUGAGAGGAGAGGCCAUUUUAAAGGUCAUCUGGACCCAAACCAUCCAAGGCUUUAAAGGUCAAGACCAACACCCUGAGUUGUACCCAGAAGCCCACAAGUAGUUAUCAGUGUUCUGUGAGCUGUACUGUUAUAUACUCACACUUAACAGACAGGCGCUCUCUCACAUUCUGAACUAACUUCAGCUUCCCAAUGGUCCCAAGAUGUAGCCCUACCUGAAGUCCUUUACAAUAAUCUAAUCUCUCAGUGACAAAAGCCUAGGUAAGGGUAGCUAGGCCUGCCUCUGAAAUAAGAGAUCAUACUUACCACACCAGGUGCAGAUGGAUAAAUGUGCUCUUUGCCACAGCUGACCCCUGGGUAUCCAGCAGCAGCCCAGGAUCUGACGAGACUGCUUAACUGAAUCUGGUUAGCAAAUAACAGCCACCUUCCACCAAGCAGAGGAGUUUAUUUAGCUAGCCCAAUUCCUAGGGCUCCUUGCUUCCACCCUUCUAAUGUUAUUUCAGUCCCAUCUAGAUUGAGUCUCAGACAACUAGACUUAGUGCAUGCUUCAGUUUCAGGCAGACACCAUGUCACCCAUUCCACUGCAGCUUCAGACUCAGUCAUAAGGGCAACGAACAAGUAGGUAUUAUUCAAGUGCUAUAGACACUGCAACCUCUUCACACGCACAAGGUUCAGUUCUUCUGUCCCACUGCAUUUGUACGAGACAAAAGACCUCUGCUCAGUAAUUUUAUUUUUCUUAAUUACCUUCUCCAUUUCCUACAGGAACAAUAAGAGACAGGAUUACCAUAAAUGUAGCAAUUCCUUUCCCUUCCACUUUCUACAAGGCCCUGAUCCUGUGAGCUCUGAGGCACGUGAGUACUUUUGGUUGACCCUCAGUCUUUUUGCAGGAUUGGGGCCUGGAUGAGUCAGUUUUAAGCUUAUGUCACUGGCCUUACUGUGCUUCCAUCCAUGGCAUGGUCCCAUUAUCCCCCCCCCCCUGCCCCCCCCCCCCCUCCUCCUCCACACACACUUCCUCCCCCACCCUGCACACUUAAAGUAAGUAAACACAUAAACCCUGUUGGGAACUAUUUAAUAUUCUUGGUAUAGUUUCCUGUCUACCAAGCAAACUAAGGCCUUGUCUACCCUUAAAAGGUUUUCUGCUAUAACUAUACCAGAAAACUCUCCUAGAGUAGAUGCAAUUGAUAUCAGUUAUACUAGUUGCUGAUAUAGCUUACGCUAGUUCCCCUGCAAAAUAAGCCAUGGUUGCAAAAAGGACAUUUUUCCUGGUAUCCCUGCAUCCGCAUGAGGGCUUUUGCCAACAGCUGUGCCAGCAAAAUAUAAGGUCCCUAACUGACAUAGCUAUGCAGGCAAAACUUUUAAGGGUAGACCAGGCCUAAGAGAGGGCUGCCAGAGGUGAAGUGCUUGGUGGCUUGGCCAGUAAGUUUGUUUUAGAAGUGACUAUUCUGUUUACCAAACCCACAGCAUAUUGCCUGCUGUGGGCUUGGCCAUAACUUUCAGUAACUCUCCCUUGAAGACUGCUUUUAAUUUUCAUCCCAAAAAAUCAGCACAAGCCUUGAAACAGUUCCUGCAGUCAAAACAAUGGAAAUUUAACAAUUAGCCCAGAGUUGGGCAAAAUGUGGCUGAGGAAAGAAGACUCAACCAAGAAAAUACAGAAAUGCUGCAGAGAAAAACAUGUAUAUUUAUUUAUACUAAUAUAUAAUUUUUAUGUAAUAAA